AUGGCGUACUCAAAGAGGUCCAAGAAUUUCGUAUGCUUCCUAGCUGUUCUUGCUUUGGUGUUAACACUUAUCGGAAGUUCUCAGGCUCGGCCACUGCCUCGCAGCACAGAAGUUUCAGGAUUCCAAGUUCAGAAUUCAUCAUAUGAGGCAAUUCUUAUGAACCUCGCGGCGAUGUUGCCGAAGGGUGUACCGUAUUCAAAGAUGGGACUCUUAAACAUGUGCAAGAAUUUCAUAUGCUUCGUCGAUGUUUUAGCUAUGGUUUGUGCUCUUAUGUCAAGUUCUCAGGCUCAGCAGCUGCCUCAGAGGAAGAUUUCAGGAUUCCGAAUGGAUAAUUCAGAUGAGGCUCGGCAGCUGCUUCAGGGAAAGGUUUCAGGAUUCCAAACUGAGAACACUUUUGAGGCAAGUGUUAGAACCCUUGGAGCAAUGCUCCCGAAAAGUGCACCAUUGCCACCAUCUGGACCUAGUCCUGGCAUCAACUAA